AUGCCAAGUAAAGUGAUCGAGCAGCGGCCGUUGGAUGAAGAGUAUGCAAAAACUGGAGUCAGUCCAUCAGACAUCGCGGCGUUGAGACAAUGGCUGAAAACACAACCACAUCUGCCGGAUAAAUACAUCACUGAUUUGGAGCUCAUCCUGGCGUAUUACAGUUGUUACAAAAGUUCCGAAGUGUCUAAACAGGUCAUUGACCUUCAUUACACUUUGAGGACGCUCUUCACGAAUCUCUUCCACAAUAGACUCGUCGACGACAACUUUAUAAGAACUAUGAACGUCAUACUGGGUUUCCCAAUCGAGACGAGAACUUCCAAAGACUACAAAGUCAUCUACUUCAGGCUGAUUGACUAUGAUGCGAAGAAUUUUGUUUUCUCUGAAGCAGUUAGGGCGGCCAUAAUGCUCAUAGAUUUGAUGCAGUACGAAGACGGAGCGUGGAAGGGAUUCGUCAUAUUAAUAGACUUGAACCGCGUCACACUGAGUCACAUCGCCAGGCUGGACCUGCAAACUAUACAGCAGUUACUAUAUUACUUACAGGAAGCAAUGCUUGUGAGGCUGAAAGGUCUACAUUUCUUGAACGCUCCGUCUUUUAUUGAUCGUCUCAUGAUGUUGCUGAGGCCGUUCAUGAAGAAAGAGCUCAUGGACAUGCUCAAGAUACACCAGGUCGGAGCCACGACCCUCGAGGACACGAUCCCUAUAGACGCCCUGCCGAGAGAAGCCGGCGGAAAAAGUAAUACCUUCGAGGAAAUUAAAAACGAAAUGAUUGAAAAGUUAAUAGCAAAUAAAGAUUUCUUCGUCGAAGAGAAUAAGCGGCGAGUUACAGAGUCACUACGCCCUGGAAAACCGAAAACUAUAACGGAUAUAUUUGGCGGAAUAGAGGGAUCCUUUAAGAAACUUGACAUAGAUUAA